AUGAUUCCUAAGCUUAACGUGAGUGCUCUGCUUGACACGAGUGAAAGGGCCAGGGACCGCCAGGGUGCUGUGGGGGGCGGCCGGGGGGAGGCGGUGCGAACGCCACAGGACGCGCGGUCUUCCACGCCCCUGCGCAUCCGCUGCACCGUGAAAGGCGUGCCGCGACUGGCCCGUGGUGGGUCCUCCCCUCAGUCGCGGCGUCCCGGCGCGGCCACCAAGUUAGAGGACGGUGCCGCAGCUCUUGACGUGUCUCAGCGCGCGGAGGAGCUUAGUUAUGUUUUGGGCGGGAACAUUCUGCAGGUUCAGGACGUGCACGCGCUGCAGUUGAAGGCAAUUGAAAUGGCAGAGCGGCUGCUGCUGAUGGAGGAGUGGUAUAAGCGGCAACUGCGAGAGCGCAGCUCAUACGUCGAGCACCGCCUGAUGCAGCUGGGGGCACCCAGAGGCGGCGGCGGCGGUGGUGGUGAUGGUGCCCAAGUAACGCCGACAGCAAUCGAUAAGUCGAUUGUGCCGCGAGUCAUCCGAGGCCAACAGACACCUAUAGGCAUGACAGCAGGGUUGGGCCGCACUACGCUGAGCGUGGGUGCCGCCGCUUCUGGUCGCCGCGCGGCCGCCGCAGCCGCGCCCCACACUCCCAACAGCAGCGGGGGAAACCGGCGGACGCCUGACAGUUCUCGUGGGCGCCUCUCCCGCCACUGUCACGCCACGCCGCUGCGCGAGAUCCCCUCGUCAAGCCAAGCUGUUGCGUCGCGUCACACACCCAUUAGCAGACGCCCGAAUAGAGGGGGAGGGUUGCACAGUGGCAGCCGACCAAGGAAGCCGGGUGUGGAACGACGGAAGUUGCGCAGCGCAAGCUUGAACAUAAGCCUUGGGUCGAGAGGAAGUAGCGAUACGGGAGUCGGUCAACUUCUGGACGACUUUCCAAGGCGACAGAGAAAGCGACGUAGCUUGGGCUCGUCCUUGUUGCUGACGGGGACAGGGACGAGCAACACCCCCAAUCGUCGGCGUCCUGCAUCAGUAAGGCUGGGAUGGACUCCUUGA